CCUUUGCCUUUCAUUUCAACCCCCAAAUUUCUUUUUUUCCCUAAAAUCAAAAUUUAGGGUUUCUUCAUGAUCUCUUCAUCACAAUUCUAAUGCAUUCAUCCCUCACACAUUUUAUAAUCAUAUUAUUAGUGUUCCCGUUAUCCUUAAUUUUGGCCCUAGUUUUUACUCUCGAUCGAGGGUUUUUUCCACUCAGAUUUACUAGGGUCUUAUUUCAACUUUCACCAUGCAAGAAGUCGUCAGUUACAGUGGGGAGAAUGAAUUUUCUAUUGGGAAGAAGAUGUAUGCGAACCCGAUGGAUUCAGGUAUAUUCUCGCCUCUUGGUCAUCAUGUAGAGGUGUAUUCGAUACCCGGAAAAAGAUCUAUAAUCAGUGCUCCAUUUGUAUUUACUGGGGAGUUUUAUAAGAAACAGAAAACAAGCAUUCAAGUGCUUCCUGAUGAAUGCCUGUUUGAGAUCUUUAGACGUCUUGGUGGAAACCAAGAAAGAAGUUCUUGUGCAUCUGUUUCUAAGCACUGGCUUAUGCUUUUAAGUACCAUUCGCAGGGAUGAAGUCAGUUGGGUUUCAGAGAGCAAGUCGAGUGGGAAUUUAGAUGGGCACCUUACGAGAUCCUUGGAAGGAAAGAAAGCUACUGAUGUCAGACUUGCAACCAUUGCGGUUGGAGCCUGUAGCCAUGGAGGAUUAGGCAAACUUUCUAUUUGUGGAAACAAUGUUGCUCGUGGAGUCACAAACUUUGGACUUAAAGCUGUUGCUUGUGGGUGUCCAACUCUUAAAGAUCUUUCCUUGUGGAAUUUAUCUUCAGUUUCGGAUGAAGGACUUGUUGAGAUUGCUAAAGAGUGUCAUCAGCUUGAAAAACUUAACCUUUAUCAACUCCCAUCGAUCUCCAGCAAAUCUUUAAUAGCCAUCGCAAGCAACUGCCCUAAUCUCACUGAUCUUUUAAUAGAUUCAUGCGCAAAUGUUGGGAAUGAAGCCCUUCAAACAAUUGGUCAAAAGUGCCAAAACUUGAAGUCAGUUUCAAUUAAGAACUGCCCCUUAAUUGGAGAUCAAGGAAUUGCAAGUUUGUUGUCAUCAACUAGUUAUUCCUUGAAGAAAGUAAAAUUACGGGCGUUAAAUGUCAGUGACAUGUCACUUGCUGUUAUUGGGCACUAUGGGAUUGCAAUUACAGACUUGGUUCUUACUAGUCUAUGUAAGGUAACCGAAAAAGGGUUCUGGGUCAUGGGCAAUGGUCAAGGAUUGCAGAAGUUGAGAUCCUUUACAGUUACCUCGUGUUUUGGGCUAACGGAUCUUGGACUGGAAGCAAUUGGCAUAGGAUGUCCGAAUUUGAAACAGUUUUCCCUUCGUAAAUGUGCCAUCUUAUCUGAUAAAGGAUUAGUGUCAUUUGCAAAAUCAGCACUUUCACUAGAGAGCCUGCUUCUAGAAGAAUGCCACCGGGUCACACAAUGCGGCGUAUAUAGUAUGCUGGUAAACUGCGUCUCCAAUUUAAAAAGUCUUACUUUGGAAAAUUGUCUUGGGAUUAAGGAUUUGGCUUUUGGAAUCUCAUCCUUUAGGAGCAACUCCGUUAGAUCAUUAUCUGUUCGUAACUGCUCAGGAUUUGGAAACAGUAGCUUGAUGUUGAUUGGUCAGCUUUGCCCGGAACUUCAACACCUUGAAUUAAUCGGGCUCCACGGAAUUACCGACAACGAAUUUACCCCACUCAUCGAGGGUUGCGAAGCUGGUCUAGUCAAAGUCAACCUCCGCGGGUGCGUUAAUUUAACAGAUAAAGUAGUUUGUGAAAUGUCAAAGGCGCAUGGUGGGACACUUGAGGUUUUAAAUCUUGACGGAUGCAGAUUCGUCACUGAUGCAAGCAUGGUUGCCAUUGCAUCAAACUGCUUAUUACUUUCGGAACUUGAUGUUUCAGAAUGCUCUAUCACCGACUCGGGUAUUUCGGUUUUGGCUUGUGCAGUACAAUUGAAUCUUCAGAUACUUUCGAUUUCUAGUUGUCGCCUAGUAUCAGACAAGAGCUUACCGUUCCUGGGGAAGCUAGGUGAGUCCCUUACCGGUUUGAACAUCCAGGGUUGUCAUGGGAUUAGUAAUUCUUCAGUUGGUCUUAUAGUUGACCACCUUUGGAAAUCUGAUAUUCUGUCCUAAGUUGAGUCUUUUAAACCUCGUAUUAUGUUUGAGUAGCAAGUCGAGUUUUUUUAUAGGGCUAGUGAUAGAGUCUACCAUGAAUCCAGCAAUUGGUUCUAGUUUUUCUGUGGAUAUGGCUGAUACCUCUUUUUUUGCAGUUACUUGUUAAACAAGCAGCUGCUAUAAGAAUUUUUUGCCCUGUUACACUAGGUCUUUAUUCUUCAUAGCCAUAUUUCCACAGGAAUCUUGAUACCUUCUUAUGGUUCAUAGAGACACCUUUUGCAACGGUCCUAGUCUGUGUUUUGGCUUUUCUCGAAGCUUAUUUAAGGCUUAUGUUGGCUUUCCACUUAUAUGGUUUGUCUGCAUGUGACGUGUCAACUUCCAUUUCAUCCUCGUCUUUUCGGGUCGGGUGGAUUUCAAGUACUUGAAACAGGUUUGUUAUGAUCCCAAGUUAGUACCGGCUUCAAUUCAGGGCCCUGGUCCCAUGUUUUUGGUGAGCUUUGGCCAGAACAACCCAAUUGUGGGUUUUUUAAAAUUUUUUUUCAAGGUUUCACUAUUAUUUGGUACCGGUGUAUAAUGGGAAUUAAGGCCUACUUCAGUUUGUAUUGUAUGUAUGCAAUUGUGCUGUGAAUGAAAUAAAUCUGUAGUUUGUUUAA